UAGAAAAAAGAAUUGCAUAUAGAAGUUUGCAAAAGGCAGAAGAAGCAGCAGAAUCCAAGUAAGCUAGAAGGUCAGUGUGUUUGGCAAGAAGACAAGGUGGGGAAAAAAAAAGGAAGGAGAAGGAAUAUAAGCAAAAAGAGUUUGGCAGCCAGCGGUAGUCAGCCCCUUCUGGAAGAUUCCAUUCCAGCCUCUCCUCUGCAGUGGCACCUUUUGUGAUCUGAAGACAGAAAACAAGAAGCUUGCAGCUUUCAUGGAGAACAGACACAGCUAUGAAAUACCCCAUGGACAAGAUGCGUUUCUGCCAAUUGCCCAUUCUUCCUCUGCCUUCUCACGUGCUCGCUGUAUUAUUCUGGCACCAAACAAGUUCUUAAGGAGCCUAUCGUGAUGCUGUUAUUGCAAGACCUGAGAAGGAGCUUCUUUCUGCUCACCUCCACCCUUUUGCUCAACAUUGUUUGAGAAGAAAUGGUGAUUGCUUAGCCAGAAGAAAAACAGUUUUUGAAAAUGUGGCUUGUGACAGCUCCACUGCACAGCUCACGCGUUCGUUCAUUCUGCUGAAGAGCUUCCCUUCAGGAUAUAUGCUUGCUCACAAGAAGGAUGUCACAAAAACAGCUGAAAGAAGCCUUUAUCAGUAACCUGAACGGAACGAGCUUGCUGGAAGUUUCGCUGGGCUUGCCUCUAGCUCCGCUCUGCCUGCUUUGCAGAGGGCUCCUCUUGAUUUUGUACCACCUGCACAAUGGGAAGCCUCUCAGGUCACGGACAUGCAGCCUGCUGCUGGACUUCGCUGUGCUGGUAUCUCCUCUCCUGUUCUCCUGCACAGUCCUGUCUCCAAUCAUCUUUUUUCCGCCAAGCAUCAUUGCAGCCAUCUGUGCAGGAAUAUUUGCUAAAAUAUACAGCCAAAGAAAACACGAUACCCGAGCACCUUUCAGGCAAAUUGUAAAAGACUUCCAGAGGACGUACUUGGAUUCAGAAUACAUUCCGGCAAUAACAGCGUUGCGUGUUUAUGUCAACGUGCUGACAUCGAUCGGUAUUUUAGCAGUGGAUUUCCCGCAGUUCCCACGGCGAUAUGCCAAAGCUGAGACCUAUGGAACUGGAGUUAUGGAUUUGGGGGUUGGAGCUUUCAUUUUUGGUAAUGCUCUUGUUUGUCCUGAAGUUAGACAAAAGUCGUAUGUGACGCAAGCAAAAUUUUCCCAUCUGGCCAAGCAGUUUUUUUCCAUCUGGCCGUUGAUUUUCCUUGGCGUUGGACGACUCCUUAGUGUCAAAUCUAUCGCGUAUCAGGAACAUACUUCAGAGUAUGGAGUGCAUUGGAAUUUUUUCUUUACCUUAGCGUUUGUGAGGCUUGCAGCAUCUCUACUUUUAGCCAUAAUUCCAACAAAUAAAUCUUGGAUUGUGGCUGUGAAUCUUGCUGUACUUUAUCAGCUUAUUCUUAACAUUACCUCUCUGAAGACAUUUGUCUUGCACGGCAGCGAUGGCAAAGACACUAGGGUUGGCUUUUUCAACGCCAACAGGGAAGGCCUGCUCUCUCUCUUUGGAUAUCUAGCCAUAUACAUGGCAAGCGUGCAAGUAGGGCUCUAUCUGAAGAAGCGCAGAAACUCAGUCAAGGACUGGAUGGAAGCAGUCUGUUCCUUACUGCUGACCGUCCUCGUGCUCUUCGUGCUUCUUCACCUGUCACAAGCACACGCAGACCCCGUGUCCCGCCGCAUGGCCAAUCUGUCAUACUGCAUAUGGGUCGUUGCUCACUGCCUGACUUUCUUUGUCUUCUUCCUAAUGACUGAUCUCGUGCUGCUGUUCACAAAGCUUCUCGUGAAGGGCUCCAGUGUGCCCUCCUGCUGGAGCGUUGCAAAGCCCCCUAACACCAGUAAAAAGGAUGAAACAGAGGCUGUGCCUGUCAGAAGGGAAAGUGAGCUGUCACACGCUUGCCUGAUUAGUGCUGUUAAUAAAAAUCAGCUACUGUUUUUCUUACUUGCAAAUGUUGUGACUGGUAUUGUGAAUAUAAUGAUAGAUACGAUCCACAGCACGACUGCACUUACAUUAUGUAUACUGCAUUUAUAUAUGUUUUUUAACUGUUUAAUUAUGUAUAUAUUGCAUGCCAAAAAUAUAGUAUUAAAAUUCUGGUGAUUCCACCCUGUCUUAAGGGGACUAGCUAAACUUUUUUAUUUAAAAUUAAAUUUAAAACUGUAUUUUAAUGAUAUGUAAAUACAAUAUUUUAUAACUUUGUAUUUGUAGCAUAGCUUUUUAUGACAGUUUUUAAUCAUUAUUUAUAUGUAUUUAUUUAUUUUUAGGUUUUGUUUUACCAAAUUAUACAAUUGGUACUGUUACCUGUUGGAGAUGUUGCACAUUUUCCUGAAAACUUGGUUUCUGAGAUUGUUUGCUGAAUACUUGCACUGUUUCUAUAAACAUAUAUGCAGAAGAGUAAUGUUACGUCUAGUGAACUGCGGGUUCAAGAGGGAUGUUUUUAUCCAAGUGCUGGUAAGAUAAGAUAACACUGUGUAGAGGAGAAGCCAGAUGAAAAGUAGGAAAAUGAGUACUUAUAUAUAGACAGACUUAGCUGUGUCAAGAGCUAGCUAGUUCAGGCCCUUGCAUAAAUAAUAGAUAAGAAUAAUUCUUUAUAUAAAAUCUAUUGGAUGAGUGUUUUGGCCCCAGUCCUGCAAGGAUUUAUGCAUAUGCUUGACUUUGAUGGCAGUAAUUGUAUGUGGAAUGUUAAUCAUAGACCGAAAUCUAAAUUAGCCUUUGAAUUAAAGCUAAAUUUUAUUUUCAUCCUCAGUGAUGAAUAAAAAUGACGACCCUAUCUAAAUACGAUGCUCUGAAUGAUAAAGCUCCACUGCCGAUGAAUUCAUAGAGCAGCUGGUGGAAUUUGUGGUGCAGAUAAUAAGAGCUGCACAGCCUUUUAUAAGAAAAUACAAAGAACCAAAACUAAUUCACCCCCAACCUGCAUCCCAACAUGUGACAGCUCAUCUUUAGCAACACGGUAGAAUAUGGUCUUCAACUCUAAAGUACUCAAGGCUCACAUAUUUGUCUAUAAAAUUGUUUUAAACAGUAGCUGAUUUAAUACUGUAUUUUGACAGCCAAGCUGUCUUCUAGUGGGAACAUUCUGUAUGAAUUCUUAUUAGCAAACAGUGUCAAAUGGAAAGAAGCAUGAUGCAGGGGGGCAGGAUACCAGCAGAGCAUUGGUAGGAGAGGUGCUCAGUUUCUCCAUCUAUCACAGUCUUCCCAUAAGCUCAGAGUAGAACACCCUUUUUGUUCACUUUCCUAACUGUGACAGUUCCUCCUGACCUCAUUAAGUUGUUGAGAAGAGAAAUACAUUUAAAGAUCAUGAGGAAUUCAAGAAUGGGAGAUAGAAAUACUUCAGAAGCGGAAUACAAACUCUAGUUGAUGAUGGAUGUUUAAUGUCAGUGGAGUUACAGGAGUGCAUAUGGGCCAUAUUUCAAUUUUUUCCUUGUCUGUUGAAUGCAAUGAAUCAUAAAACCUAGGGAGAUUAAGCCUCUAAAUCAGAUCCCUGAAGGCAGACGUGUUGUGGAAUAUUCUUGAAUUUAUGGGGUUCUCCCAGGCUUUGGUCAAUGGAAAGAUGAUGACUGAAGGUUAUAUACUGUGGACAUGCUGAGUUUAUGCUUGUUUACUUCCACGUUCUAGCCAUAUAGUCUUCAGCAUUAAAGAAAAUCAGCCUGUAUUGUACUAGUUGCAGUUACUACAGCAGGCAGAUGCCGUUAGUAGGCAACCCUGUCUUACAAACAAUUAUCAUAGUUUGUAGCAGAGUUUCCUGGUAACUGUUUUUCUGGUAAUUUAUUUGAAAACAAUUCCUAGCCUUGCCUAGGGAAGAAAGGCUUCCAUCGCAAACUGAAUGGCAGAAAUCAUUUGUGCAAAACUACUCAUGGAUAUUAAUUUUUGAACUGUUUGAAGCGCAAGACCUGCAACGAGUUCUACCUGCGAGCACAAGUCUACCAGCGUGAUUCAGAAUUAAGGCGUUAAUUGGGUGUGACAAAGCCGAGUUGUGUCUGGACAAGCAGCAAACUCUCUAGACGCCAACUCCAUUUCACGAAGCAAAAAUUCCGUGGGAGGUUUGCUGUGUCUGUGCAGAGCCCUGCGAGCUGCAUGCAGGCAGCGGGCUGGUUGCAGGACUGGAGCUGUGGUUGUAGCAGCACUGGCGAGCUGAGGGGCCCGUAGCGCAUGAGAACAGCGCAGCACUGCGUGGCGGUCUCCCACUUUUAAAGCUGUCUGAAGUCAGUUGCUCACCACUGAAUUAAUGAAGGACAAUUAAUUCCCAUUACUUAUUGUCAAUAACCAACGUGGCAAAUUCUGCCCUGAAGCGACCGGCAGUUAUUAAUUCUGAAUGUUUAGGCUAUGAAUAGAUACAGAUAAUUAACCAUGCUUCUGCAAGAACCACGAAAUGCAAGCAAGCCAUCUUUGGUCACAGAAUCUGUACAAGAAAGGCACUGUAUCAGCUCAAGAAGAUGCAAGAGAAGUUAGCACCGUGAUAUGCUGGAGACACUUUCUUUGUGUGCACCUCGGUGCCUGCUAGUUCAGUGGCUGGCAGGGACAAGGGCACUACAUUUCAUUUCACAGUUGGGUGUGUUGAGAUGAGUAAACUCUCAGAGAUCUGCAGAUAUAUGUGAAAAUAAAUCAAAAUAUGUUAUAUAAUUAGUGAAAACUGAAUAUAUUUCAACUAGUAAGGCUAAAAUGGUUGAACUAUAGCAUGCCACUGACUUUAAUUAUUGUAAAGCAGAGUGCUGGGAAACCAGAAGUUGUUUCAUCUUUGGUGCCGUAAUUCCAUUGAAUGACCUUUUUGUAGGGCUGCGGGAUAGAAAAAAAUGUACGGCUGAUUACAUUUGUCCUUAAGCUUGUUAUUCCUUAAACAACAGCUACUCCUUACCAAA